AUGGCGCGCGUAGCACUGGUGCUCACAAUUUGCUUCUUGGGAUUCUCCCCGUCCCUCGCGUGGUCCUCCAAAUCCAACCACACCGACUUCCUCUCGUGCUUCUCCACCAAAAUCCCCAGCCAGCUCGUGCUCACGCCGAGCUCCCGCUCCUUCAAGCCGCUCCUGGUGUCGUCCAUCAGGAACGCCAGGUUGGUGGCGCCGGCGACGGCGAGCCCCCCGCUCUGCAUCGUGACGCCCACCCAGGCGUCCCACGUCCAGGCCGUCGUGCGCUGCGGGCGCAGCCACCGUGUGCGCGUCCGCGUGCGCAGCGGCGGGCACGACAACGAGGGCCUCUCGUACCGAUCGGCCACCCCGAACGGCGAGGCGUUCGCGGUGAUCGACCUUUCGAAGUUCCACGGCGUGCGCGUGGACGCGCGCGCGGCCACCGCGUGGGUCGACUCCGGGACGACGCUCGGGGAGCUCUACUACCGCGUCGCCACGGGGGCGCCCGGGCUGGGUUUCCCGGCUGGCGUGUGCCCGACCGUCGGCGUGGGGGGACUCAUCAGUGGCGGAGGCAUGGGUCUGAUGAUGCGCAAGAACGGCCUCUCCUCCGACAACGUCCUCGACGCCACCAUGAUCGACGCAGAGGGCAACCUCCUGGCGGACAAGAAGGCCAUGGGGGACGACCUCUUCUGGGCCAUCCGCGGCGGCGGUGGCGGGAACUUUGGCAUCGUGCUGUCGUGGAAGCUGAGGCUCGUGCCCGUCCCACCCAAGGUGGCCUUCUUCAAUGUCACCAAGACCAUGGACCAGGGCGCGGUCGACGCGGUCACCAAAUGGCAGACGAUCGCGCCGGCGCUCCCCGAGGACCUCAGCGUGCGUGUCGUCGUCCAGAAGCGCCAGGCGACCUUCCAGUCCCUGUACCUCGGCAACUGCAGCGCGGUGGUGGCGACGAUGCGCAGCCGGUUCCCGGAGCUCGGCUUGACGCGCCGCAAGUGCAAGGAGAUGAGCUGGCUGCAGCACAAGGCGUACCUAUACUUCGGCGACGCCAGCAACAACACGCCGCUGGAGGCGCUCCUUCUCAACCGGUCCAUGACCAUAGGCCCAUUUGUGAAGAACAAGUCCGACUACGUCAAGAAGGCCCUCACCAGGGACGCAUGGGAGAAGAUCUUCCUCUGGCCCGAUGGCGGGGCGGUGGGGCAGCUCAUCCUGGAGCCGCACGGCGGAAUGAUGAACCGCAUCGCCGAUGACUACACGCCCUUCCCGUACCGGAGCAGCGUGCUUUACAAUAUCCAGUACGUCGAGUUCUGGAACGGCACACGGGCGCACGGCACGCCGAAAUGGCUCAGCGGCCUGUACGACUUCAUGGCGCCGCUGGUCAGCAAGAGCCCGAGGGGCGCGUACGUUAACUACCGGGACCUUGACAUUGGCGUGAACAAGGUGGUCGGUGGCGUGACCAGCUAUGAGACUGCCAAGGUGUGGGGUGAGAGGUAUUUCGGUCUGACAAACUUUAAGAGGCUCGCCAAGAUCAAGCGCAAGGUGGAUGCCACCGACUACUUCCGGAACGAGCAGAGUGUGCCGCCACUUCUCUUGAUCAGGGAACGAGCUUAA